AUGAUACAAUCAAAAAAAAAUAUUGAUAAAUUUUUAACACCAGAAACUCUUGAUAAAUUCAUUAUAGAAAAUAUAGAUUCUUUAAAUAAAAAAUAUUUAACUGAUGGUAGAAAAAAUGAAAAAUAUAAUUCUUUAAUUGAAGAUAUUAAAGAUUAUGAUGAUCCAUAUUUACUAUCAGAUGAAUAUUAUAAUGAAAUAUAUUAUAAUAUUGAAGAUUUAAAUGAAGCUUAUUUUUUUAAAGAUAAUACAAAAUCAAACUUACAUCAAAUUAGAGAAAAAAAAAAGAUGAAUUAA